AUGCAUAGCAAGCGAACUGGUUCAACCAACGUUGUCGUAACGUCCGUUGACGUGUUCCCGUGCGCCCGCGAUCCUUGCACGCUCGUCAAAGGGACAGAAGUUACCAUCCGCAUUCGAUUUCGAGGAAUGGCUAGAAUCAUUCCUGGAGGCGCAAGAUUUGAAGGCUCCUUUGACGGGGAGCCCGCGACGAUACCGUUUCCACCUAAUGGCGUUUGUACCCGCCUAAAUCCGCCUUGUCCAAUCCAACCGGGGCAAAGUUAUACAUAUCAUUACACGGCAGUGGUGCCAGAAGAACUUCGAACAGUAAGUCAAACAAAAAGAUGCAUUUCUGUUGGAUAG